AUGAAGCACGGCCUAACCAUCGUGCUGGCCCUGUCCAUGUCCCUGGGGUUCCUCCAGCCAGGCCAUGGCCAGCCCCUCCAAGUGGAGCCCCCGGAGCCGGUGAUCUCUGUGCCAAUGGGCGGGUCAUGCCAGCUCAACUGCAGUUUAUCCUGCACGGAUGGCAUGGUAGCCUUGGUGAAGUGGCAUGGCCUGGACAUCACCCAGGGCGCCGUGCAGUCGAGCCCUGGCAUCAGCGUGCUCUCUGUGCACGAGGCUACGCUGUCAGCCACGGGCACCCGGAGGUGCGUGGGCUCCUGCGGGGCCCGCAGCUUCCAGCAUUCCGUGCAGAUUCUCGUGUAUGCCUUCCCGGACCAGCUGGCAGUGUCCCCAACAGCUCUGGUGCCUGGACAGAGCCAAGAAGUAUCCUGCACAGCUCACAACGUCACCCCCGUGGGCCCGGACACCCUCUUCUUCACCCUGCUUCUAGGAGGCCAAGAACUAGAGGGUGUCCAGGCCCUGGGUCGUGAGGAGGAAGAAGAGGAUCUCCAGGAAGCAGAGGGUCCCCUGUUCCAAGUGACGGAGCGUUGGUGGGUGCCUGCCUUGGCAAUCUCCACCUUGCCUGCCCUCCUCUGCAGGGCUACCAUGCGAUUACCUGGCCUGGAACAAAGUCAUUGCCGAGCCUUUCCAGUCCUGCACAGCCAGACCUCACCAGCGCCCCCUGGCGCCACCUCCUGGGAGUCCUCCAGCGUGACCUUCACAGACGCCCCCCAAGCCAUCUCCAGAGACUUGGCCCUCACUGUCUCCUCAGAACACCCUGCCACCUCCUCCUUACCCACCACCCCCCAGCAGAGCUCCACACAUAGCCCCAAGGUUCUCGGCUCCUCUGGGACCUGUCACCCUGAGAUCCACCAGGUCUCCAGGACGGUGGAGAAGGACUCCCCCUGGGAGCUUCUAUGUGAGGCACCCUGUGGCUCCGGCACGGCUGUGCACUGGACCCUGGCUCCCGGGGGCCUGGCUGCCUAUCAUAGGAAAGAAGCCGGGGCCCAGGCAUGGCUGAGUGUGCCACCAGCCACUUCCGUCCCCGGGGGCUGGUUCCAGUGUCGCCUGGACCCAGGUGGCCAGGUGGCAAGCCUGUAUGUACCUGGCCAAGUGUUCCCGAAAACCUCACCAGGUCCUGAGGUUGUCCAACCACCCACUGCCCCCUGGGUAGGCAGCUUGGUCUUGGGGCUGCUUCUGCUGGCGAUGCUUACCUAUUGUCUGUGGAAACACUGGCGGACACAAGCUGAAGAGCACACACACCUUCCAGCUCCCCUGCGGCUCCUGCCUUUGCCAGAAUGAGAGGCACAAGCAGUCAGCCUCUUUCUGCAGCCAGCAGCUGCAGGGUUCUGCAACAAGAGGACUGACCACAGCCCAUUUCAUGGGCUUCCUAUACUUCCCAUCCAGAGCUGGAGAAUAAA